ACAAGUGACAGAACUGACAUUUAGUUGGUGCGAGUGACAGCUGUAUCGAGUUGUUUUUGUUUUCACAUUCCUGGGCACGAUUUUUUUAAAUCAACGAAAUUAAUUUUGGACCAAAGUUCUUGUAAGCCGCAAAAAUGUUCAACCAGUCGUCGAUCGGUGGCUUUGGUAACGCCACGACCCCAAGCACUGCAAACCCCAUGAAAGAUUUUGAAGUAACUCAGCCCCCAGACGAUUCAAUCAGUUCUUUGGCAUUUUCUCCAGCAACCUUGAGUCAGAACUUUCUGAUUGCUGGAAGUUGGGAUAACAAUGUCCGCUGCUGGGAGAUUGAACAAUCUGGAAAGAGUGUACCCAAGUCUAUGCAAGCAUGUGGGGGUCCUGUUCUGGAUGUUUGUUGGAGCGAUGAUGGGACAAAGGUAUUUAUGGCUGGAUGUGACAAGCAAGCUAAGGCUUGGGAUCUGGCCAGUAAUCAAGUCGUACAAGUUGCGCAACAUGAUGCACCUAUUAAAACAUGCCACUGGAUCAAAGCCUCUAAUUAUUCCUGUUUAAUGACUGGGUCUUGGGAUAAGACUUUGAAAUUUUGGGACACACGCACCCCUAAUCCAAUGUUGAGUAUCAAUUUGCCAGAAAGAUGCUAUUGUGCAGAUGUUGAUUAUCCCAUGGCAGUUGUUGGAACUGCAGGGCGUCAAAUUAUUGUUUAUCAACUAGAUGGGAAGCCUCAACAAUAUAAAGUUCUUGAUAGUCCUCUAAAAUAUCAACAUCGUUGUGUGGCAAUAUUCAGAGAUAAGAAGAAGACUCCAACUGGUUAUGCAUUGGGUUCUGUGGAAGGACGCGUCGCAAUCCAGUAUGUUAAUCCAACAAAUCCUAAAGAUAACUUUACCUUCAAGUGUCACCGGUCUAAUGGUGCACCAACUGGAUAUCAAGACAUAUAUGCUGUGAAUGAUAUUGCAUUCCAUCCUGUUCAUGGUACAUUAGCAACAGUAGGAUCUGAUGGUUCAUUUAGUUUUUGGGAUAAAGAUGCACGCACUAAACUCAAAUCAUCUGAAUUAAUGGAACAACCUAUUACACGCUGCGCUUUCAAUAGUAAUGGACAAAUCUUCGCAUAUGCCGUUAGCUAUGACUGGUCCAAAGGACAUGAAUAUUACAAUUCCAGUAAGAAGAACUACAUCUUUCUUAGGUCAUGCUAUGAUGAACUUAAACCUAGAACUUCUUCAUAAUGGAGCACAUUAUAUUGCUUUGUGUAUGAUUUUAUAAUGGAAAAUGUUCGAAAUAAUACAGAUUUAAAUGUA